ACAUAAGGAUUCAAUGCUGGAGGAAUACAGAUGCAAAUGUUUAAUUUCAAUAUGUUCCUAUUGUGUCCCCUUCAAUCAAUUUCCAUGUCCUUAAUAUUUCCAUAACAGUUAAUUUGCCCACAAGCCAAACUGUCUGCAUUUUAUGCAAGAAUUUAAAAGGCUGGGACUCACUCAGGCUGAGGAAUCAGUAAAGAAAGAUUCACAAUGGCUCUCAAUAUACCAGGUCUGAUUAUGAUGGUUGUCUUCUACUUGCUGGUGUUGGGAACCGGCAUUUGGGCAUCUGUAAAAUCUAAAAAGAUGGAGAAAAAUACACACAGUAGUCGGAUAGAAGUGUCCUUUUUGGCCAACCGGAGUGUCAGCUUAGGGAUGGGAGUAUUUACAAUGACAGCUACCUGGGUCGGAGGUGCUUUCAUCAUUGGUGUUGCAGAGUCGGUGUAUGACCCCAGCAAAGGUCUAAUCUGGGCUCUUGUCCCUCUGCAGGUCUCUAUUUCUUUUGUAAUCGGUGGACUGUUCUUUGCAAAGCCAAUGAGGGAACACAAUUAUAUCAGUAUGAUGGAUCCAUUUCAGAGAAAGUAUGGAAAAGCUCUGACUGCUGUUCUCGCCAUUGUUCCCGUCAUAGCCGAAAUCAUCUGGGUUCCUGGAUUACUGAUUUCUUUGGGAGCUACCAUGAGGGUGGUUUUGGAUCUGUCCUUUAGUGUUUGCGUCUGGAUCUCUGCUGCAGUGGCAAUCAUCUACACUGUUCUUGGAGGUCUCUAUUCAGUUGCUUACACUGAUGUCGUCCAGCUGUCAUUGGUGCUUUUUAGCCUGUGGCUGUGUGUGCCUUUUGUUUUUGCAAGUGAUGUUUAUACCGACAUCACUAAAACCGCAUUCAACCACACAUAUCAGGCCUCCUGGCUUGGGCAGCUUGAGUCUAAAGACGUCUGGAGAUGGACUGAUCAUUUUCUAGUCAUGACUUUGGGCAAUAUGGCUGUUCAGGAUUUCCAUCAAAGGAUACUCUCCUCAGCCUCCACAUCCACAGCCAGAAUCAUCUGUUUCAUAGCUGCAGGAGGAGUCAUCAUUGCUGGACUUCCAUCUGUGUUGAUUGCAGCUGUUGCAGCUUCAACAGACUGGAACUCCACCUCAUAUGGAUCUCCUUCACCAUAUGAGCGAGGGGAGACGGCCAUGGUGUUGCCCAUCACCCUUCAACAUUUUACACCAGCCUACAUUUCUGCUUUUGGCAUGGGAGCUGUUGCUGCUGCUGUGAUGUCAUCCGCUGACUCUUUCCUCUUGUCUGCAACCACCAUCUUCACUACCAACAUCUACCAGGCCAUCAGGAGUCAGGCAUCAGAAAAAGAGCUACAGUGGGUGAUUCGGCUCUCCAUAGUGGUUGCAGGACUUGUGGGAACUUCCCUCACAUAUCUGGAUGGCGGCAUUUUAGUGUUCUGGAUCCUGGGCUCAGAUCUCACAUACACCAUUUUAUUUCCCCAACUGAUCUGCGUCCUCUUCAUUAGGGUUUCCAAUGGUUACGGGGCGAUCGCAGGCUACCUUGUUGCGAUGGUGAUGAGGCUGUUGUGUGGAGAGCCGUUGUUCGGCCUCCCUGUGAUCCUGCAGUUCCCAGGCUGCACUUUAGAAGAUGGUGUUUACAUUCAGCGCUCUCCUGUCAAGACCAUUUGCAUGCUGUCUGCUCUGGUCUCCAUUCCCAUGGUAUCAUAUGUGGCCUCACUCCUGUUUAACAAGGGGAUCCUUCCUGAGAGGCUGGACAUGUUCAAGGUGAAAUCACAGGAAGCACCAGCAGAUGGUGCCAGAGACUCUGAUUUUCAAAAUGAAAAAGACACAUUUGCCUCUCCACUAAUGCUCGAUACAGAAUGCUAAGGAGAGGAUGCUCCUAGUUAUCUUGUUUGUGUCUUUUGAAUAUGACAGUUGGUUUGGGGUAAUAGCAAAGGAUUUAUACUACUUACCAUAUUUUAGAGUAGCUUAUAGUAAGAGUCCAUAAUAUGUGUAGUCUGACCUUGGCAACACUGGAUUAUACUGGAUAUUAUUACUAUGCACAACAGUGCCACUACAACCAUGUACCGUGGUACCAUUGUUUAUGUUCUGAAUGUUAUCGGUCUUCUUGGGUAUAAAACGUUCAAUGUCUGGGUUUAAACUCCAUAUUAACUGAACCCCAGUUCCAGAAAGGUUGGGAUGUUGGCUUAGAUUGACAUUUAUACA